CACCUCAGACUACUUGUGUUUGCAGUAUUGAACAUUCAGAGUGAGUGCAGGCAGCAGCCACUAGAUGUCAGUACUGACGAUGAGAAAAGAAAAGUUCCUUAAGUCUCUGCUGUGGACUCCAUCCUGCUUUGCUCACUCUCUCUCUUUCGCUCACUCUCUCUCUCUCACUGACACCCAGAUGUACAAACAGCUCCGUUCUCACCUCGUGCAGAAUCUCCACCAAAAACCACCAUAAAAAGCCCUGCAUCAGAGAUGAGCACCAGCAGACCCCAGUGAAGCGCCUCCACCUGCAGACCCCUGACCCCCACCUUCUCCCCGUCUGAAUGAUCCAGCUCUGCUCUCAAGCCUCAGCAGCAUCAAAGCCACCACUUCUUCCUCUUCUUCUUUACACGCUCUUUAUUCCAGUCAACUUCGGCAGCUGAUAACACUCACAAGUCAGGAGGACAGUUUGUUUUUUCCUUUUUUUUUCUUUUUUUGAGGAUCAAGGACGGGUUGUGACAUGAGGAGAGACGGUCCACGAAGAGGCAUGAAGACCACAUGUGAGUGGGUUGCUGCUCUGCUGCUGCUCUCAUUCAUCUCUUUGGUUAUCAGUGCUGACUUACCUGCUCCAGGAAGUUCAGACUUGAGAGAGAGCCCAAAAUCCAAAGUAAAGACUUACUGGACUGAGAGCAGCAAGGCCUUCUCCAUCAGCCGUCUGCUCUCCCAGAGCCUCUACAAGGAGAAUUUCACUUCUCUUGACCUCAACUACGAUGAUGCUGACUCCUACUCCAAACAGGAGCAGUGGAACUGGCUUUACAACAGCUCAAAUCCCCGCGACCCCCGAUCCAGGACAAAGAGGAGGCCUAUUGUGAAGACAGGCAAGUUCAAGAAGAUGUUUGGUUGGGGUGACUUUCACUCCAACAUCAAGACAGUGAAGCUGAACCUGCUCAUAACAGGGAAGAUUGUGGAUCAUGGCAAUGGAACAUUCAGUGUCUACUUUCGUCACAACUCGACCGGACAAGGCAACGUGUCCGUGGGGCUAGUCCCUCCAACCAAAGCUGUGGAGUUCCAGGUCCACCAGCAGUACCACCACCACAACCAGCAGCAGCAGACAGCUCUGGAGACCAAAGACACCAAGCUAUUCAACUGCAGGGUGGAGUAUGAGAAGGUAGAGAAGGGCACCAGGAACUCGCUGUGCGCCCAUGACCCAUCCCAAAGCUGCCCCCAGGAGCAGACCCAGAGCCAUGUGUCCUGGCUGUGCUCCAAACCCUUCAAAGUUAUCUGCAUCUUCAUCACCUUCUACAGCACCGACUACAAGCUGGUGCAGAAGGUGUGUCCGGACUACAACUACCACAGCGAUACCCCGUACCUGCCCACUGGGUGAUCACCUGACCAGAGGAGGACAAAAAAGAAAAAAGGGGGGAAAAAAAGAAGCGGAGACAGGCCUUUGAGUCCUGAAGCAAUGUCAGAUUAUUAGAAGAAAAAUGGAGAGGGGACACUUGAAACUUGAGAUGCUUUAACAGGCAUCAUUACAACUAACAUAUCCUUGUUGCGAGACUCAUAUUGCUCCAAUGAACAGACCUUACCCUGAGGUCAUUAUGAGAGCAUUUAGGGAAGCAUUUAUAGGUUUGCAACACUAAUAUUAUAUGCAUAGCUGCUUACACUGAAAGCAAAUUCCCAAGCCAACCAUCAAAAUAUGCUGAUUGUAUUUAUGUAAAUAUUGUGGAUUCCACAAAAAGACCAGAAAACAAUUUUAUUAAUGUUUCCUCCUGCUAAUUUAGUUGUUUAUGUUGAUAGUGUAUUUCCAUCUCAAUCACGCUUUCUGUCUGUUCCAAUCUGACUCUGGUAAUCAUGGCAAACACGUAAAUGUCAAUGCAAAUAAGAAAAAUCUGUCAGUACGCAUUAGAGGGCAUAAUGGAUUAAGCAGACGUAUUUGAAUGAUGUUGUUUUCUGCAGUGUGAUUGUUCGAGUGAAUAUACCUCUCUGAUAUUGUUGUUGGAAUUUUUCGUCCAUGUCCAUUGCAUGAACCAUAUGUGAUAAACUACUGAAUAACGUCCAUUUAUAUUUUCAUGUUAUUGCAGCUGUCAGAAGUAAUCUAUAUCAAUUGUUGCAGGAGAAGAAAAAAGACUUCUAUUUUAAAUCUGUGUUAUAUGUUAACAGUUUUAAGGCCACAGAUGGCGUUCAUCAGUUGAGGAUUACAUCGGAUCAAACAAAUUAAUGUCACAAUAAACAUUAUAAAUAAAGCUGGAAGAAAACAUACAAAAUGAGAGAUACAGAGGAUCUUUUUCUGCUUCAAGACGACAAAGAUAACUGUACUUCUCAAAGUCCAAUCCCCCUUGGCAACUGCAGCUACACUUCAACAAGCUUUCGCACCUGGCAUGUUGAUCUGUGACAUUUUCAGUAAUAUCCGUAAAAAAUAAAUUCCAAUGAAAAUAGUUGCAAAUUUUCUGGAAUAAUAGCUCCGACAUAUCAGAUUGAAGUCAACCUAGUAGAAAGAGGCCAAAUAUUCUUUAACUGUCAAACAAGAAUGUAAA